AGUCUGAUGACGAUGUUCAACUCCAUAACGAGUAUGAAGUUAUAGAUAUUGAGUUUUUAAGUGAAGCAGUUACAACUCUUUUAGAGUCUACAUCGCAAGAAUUGCAUCUUAAUUGCAAAGUAAAUAUUGCCAAUAAGAAUCUAGCUGAAGAUCUUUCAAACAUCGCCAAUAGUAUUGUUGAUUUGAUCGAAGAUGCUGAUAAAUAUA